GCUUUUCUAUGGGUUUAUUCUGGACCUACAGUAAACGUGUCGCCUGCCUUCGAGCCUUUUGGACAACGACUCCCAUUGUUAGGGUGGAGACAUGAGCAUCUCGUCAUUAUAAACUCCUCUCUGUCACGACCCAUCCACUUCCUGGUGCUCGGUGUUCAUUGGCUGUGAUUGGUGGAAACAGGGCUACAUAUCAUUCGAGAGAACCUACGGAGAGUACCGAACGGAGUUGAUCGAAUGUAGCUAAUCCUAGAAGAUAGGGUCUGUUACAAACGCCGAGGUAGGAAAAAGGAGAGAAAGGAAUGACGGAGUUUAUAGAGCAGGACAAAACUGAUAUUUUACCUGUAUUGUUCAUAACGGAAUGAAGAAAGGACCAAGGCACACUAAAAUUAGAUUAAAACCUUAAAAACUGAGAUUUUUUAAGAACGGAUUUAACUCUUGGUUAGAAUUGAAAGAUUUCCAAUCGAGCAGGACUGGAAAAUAAACAUGGAUGUCGAAGUAACGAUCGCAGUUUUGUGGAAUUAAAUACAUUUUUCUCUUGUUUCUUGCUUUAAAACUGCACCCGCCGACUGAAGUUUGUUCAGAAACCAUCAAUUGAUGAAAGUUUAAAAGAAAAUCCAUUCUUCAGACAGACGUCAUCUUAAUUCAAGUUUACAUAUCGACAAUCAACUGCAAAGAUGAGUCGUCUCUGGAGGCGUGACGUGCCCCUGUCUGAACGGCUAGGACUAGGUGUUGGGGUUGGAGAGGAAUACCCCCUGGGUGGGGCCCCUGGUCCCCCUCCCACCAUGGACUCCCCGGGCCCCAACAUCUCCUGGUUCCCAGAGACCCCCCUGCUGACCCUGGACCAGCCCACCUUCCUGAUGACCCCCGCUGCCCAGGCUGUUUCGGGCUUCUUCGUCUGGACUGCCCUGCUCUUCACCUGUCACCAGAUCUACAUGCACCUGCGGUACUACAGUUCUCCUAAUGAGCAGAGACACAUCGUGCGGAUUCUCUUCAUCGUGCCCAUCUAUGCUUUUGACUCCUGGCUCAGCCUCCUCUUCUUCACUAACGAGGAGUACUACGUCUACUUUGACACCGUCCGGGACUGCUAUGAAGCGUUUGUCAUCUAUAACUUCCUGAGCCUGUGUUAUGAGUACCUGGGAGGAGAGAGCGCCAUCAUGGCUGAGAUCAGAGGAAAACCUAUCGAGUCCAGUUGUAUGUACGGUACGUGCUGUCUCUGGGGAAGGAGUUACUCCAUUGGGUUCCUGCGGUUCUGUAAGCAGGCCACGCUACAGUUCUGUGUGAUCAAACCCCUCAUGGCCGUGGUCACAGUCAUCCUGCAGGCCUUUGGAAAGUACCGUGAUGGAGACUUCAAUGUGAACAGUGGGUACCUGUAUGUGUCCAUCGUCUACAACAUCUCAGUCAGCCUGUCUCUCUACGCCCUCUUCCUCUUCUAUUUCUCCACCCGGGACCUGCUCAGCCCCUACAGACCCUUGCUCAAAUUCUUCAUGGUCAAAUCUGUCAUCUUCCUCUCCUUCUGGCAGGGCAUGUUGCUGGCCAUCCUAGAGAAGUGUGGGGCCAUCCCCAAAAUCAACUCACCCGAGGUGUCAGUGGGAGAGGGAACGGUUGCCGCCGGUUACCAGAACUUCAUCGUCUGCAUCGAGAUGUUCUUUGCCUCCCUGGCCCUGCGUCAUGCCUUCACAUACAAGGUCUACAUGGACAAGAGGCUGGACUCUCUCUCUCAGGGCCCAGUUCCUAUAUAUGGAGAGUAUGGUCGCUGUGCCCCCAUGAAGAGCAUCUCCAGCAGCCUGAAGGAGACGAUGAACCCUGGAGACAUGGUCCAGGAUGCUAUCCAUAACUUCUCCCCGGCCUACCAGCAGUACACCCAGCAGUCCACCCUGGAACAGGGUCACUCUGCCCCCCCUGUGUCCCGCACACAUAGCACCGUCAGCACCCGCGACAAUGAGAAGACUCUGCUGCUCAGCUCGGACGAUGAGUUCUAAGUUAACACACAAACAAACACCAAUCCCAGCCAAUCACAUCUUUACUGACUGUUGCGGUAAGGUACUACCCCCUGGUCUUCCUCAUGUAGUACAUAUCUUAUGGAGGAUUGGCAGGGGAUGUAAGGUGUGUUAGGGGUUGGUACGUCAAUACAGGACCAUGUGACUUAGCCUGGUCCAUUUUAAUAUGCUCUACUACACACAUACUAUUUGCACAAAUUCAGGACUAUACAGGAACUAUUGAUAGAGCACACACUUAGUGGGAACAUGCUGAGGUACAUUUUGGUUGAAACCAUUGUCUAGAAUUAUUUUUUAAUAGAAUUUGAGGAUUUUCUGAGACAGAAUUGUAGACUUAUUAGAGAUUGUAUUUGUGGUUUGGAUAAAAUGGAUUGUAUGGUUUAAAGUGUGUGUGCUUACUAGCUAACAUCCCCUGAAGAAGACAGCCCAUACCAGAUUGAUAUUAGAGUACUCUAGCAAUGAGUGGCAUUUGAUUUGGCCUAUUGGUUUUUAGUUUUAAGAUCAGGCCAUUCUCAGAUCUCUGUGGUGACCAUGUUUACAGUGGGUUUUAAAUGGACGGUGUGAGUGGGCGGUUUAGGGCAUAAGCAGCUCUGUGGACUGGAGAAUGGUGGUGUUGUCAUUGAUUCACUAGGGACAGGGGAUGGAUAGGGGAUGUGAGGGGAGGGCAGGGAUAGUGGUUGGUUGGACAGCACUUGAUCAGAUUACAGAUGAAGAGAGACCUGCUCCAGUGUGUAGCAUACAGGCAGGGUGAGGGCAAUCGAGCCACGUGGUAGUCUGGAUUAUACUGUUGUAAUUGGGGCAUUAUUCGUAUGGUGAGGAUUAGGCCAGGCUCUAAUCCAGCGAGGCACAUUCUGCUACCCGACCUCUCCUGGCCUCUAAUGUAUGGUAGGAAAAACGCCUUUAGUGAUAUCUGUGCGAUCAGAGUACGUAGACACCGCAGGAAUAUAGGUAAACGCUAUUUUUAAAUACUUACAAUUCCAGUUAAACAAUCUCAGGCAAAAAAAGUGUAACUGGAUGCAAAAAAACAACAAAAGAUUCAGCUUUGUAAUGAAGCGUGGGUCAAUUUUAGAAUCACUUUUAGUGUCUUAUAGACGUUUCCAUUACACAGAAUUGGACGUUAAGUGCUUACAGAGAAAAGCUAUUGCGUUAUACAUAGUUUAGCUUUGAGGUUAUUGUAGUGAGUCAUACGGACAGGCUGCCAUUAUACAGUAGUCAUGUUGAGUCACUGCUGCUCCAUGCUCAGUCCUGCCACCAGAGAGCAGCAGAGAGUCUAUAUUAUAUUUGGUCAAUUUACAGACACACACACCCUUAUCUAUCAAACACAGACCGAUCAUGGUCACACAUUAUGCUUGUAGCCUACACAUUCUGUCUGCUAGAGAAAGGAAUGCUUUAUCUUAGUGGAGUGGAGUCCCAGCCUCAGUCUAUGCUGACCCCUCCCUCAACUUCUACUGUGUGUGAGAGAGCUAGGCCCUAUACAUGUAGGCAAGCCAUUGUCCAGAGAGGCUAUUAACUAUUCGGGGUGUCAAUAUUUCUCAUUAAAGUAUAGUCAGAAUGUCUGCUUUAUUUAUAUUGUUGAGGCCAGUAUGUACCGUGUUAUGGAACUACACUUAUUAUGGUUUGUCUACUGUAGCAUUCUGUUGAAUCCUUUGCCAUGUUGAAUAAAUUACGAGGGUUUGGCCUCAUCCCCAAACAUUUCCAGUUUCUGGUACAAAGAGAAAGUCACCACAAGACCGUUUCAUUCUCCAGUUCUUCUUUUUCUGAUAUCUUUCUUCUAUCUCUGCGCUCUCUUUAUCUAGGCCUAGGGUGUAUUUUGAGAUGUAUAAGACUAUUAUUGCUAGCCAUAAGAUGAUGUACAUACAGUUUGAAAUGAUAUACUGGAGAAAUAUUUAGUGAUGUUGAUGUAAUAAUGAUGUAAAACUCUGAUUUAAAAAGGCUUAGUUUUGUACUGUCGCUCCAUAAACCAUUUAAAUCUUAUUUUGAUGACUGCUUUCUCUUGUCUAGUUCUUUUGUAUUUUAUCAAAGCUGCUGAUAUGCUCCUAUUUUUAGUCUAAAUGAAAUUUGAACAAAAUAAAGAUAUUUAGAUUUGUCUUAAA